ACCGUAACUUGUUCAAUUGAAGAAGAAGAAGUUGGCGCGGCUGUUAUCUGCAGUGGCGGUUUGGGAAAAUCUUCUGAUUGUAAGAAAACGAAAAUUGGUAAGAAGCAAAGUAGCAGUUGGAAACGCGGCACACUUCACGAAUAGUGCGUCAGCACUGCAAUGGACAUCAUUCGUCACCUUCUUAAUUACCAGGCAUGAUUCGGAAGCUACUGUCACAGCACCUAUUAUUCGCGUUAGGGUUUCUUCUCUCAGCCACAAUCCCCUUCGCGCACGGCGAAUCGUCUACGUGCUUGACGGUCUACAAGAACGGCGGUGCUCCCGCAGUGUUCCAAUCUCCAAAAUGCCCUCGCUGGAAGCUCUCCGAUUACGAUUCCCCUCCCCAAACCACCGCGCGUUGCCAGUCCGCAAUGCUUCAAGGCCGCAGAAACUCCCAAGAGGAUCGCACUCUUUGCGUCCUUGAUGUUCGCAUUCCCUUCCCCGGUGCGAACGGGAUCAAGGAGGUUGUGGUAGGGAUCGUGGCCGUUUUCGAUGGUCAUAACGGUGCAGAAGCUAGUGAGAUGGCAUCGAAACUUUUGGUGGAGUAUUUCGUUCUGCAUACUUAUUUUCUUCUUGAUGCCACGUUUUCUGUUAUAUCCAAGACGUCAACCGGAACUGUGCUUCACAAGAGAGACCGUGAUCAUGUAAACCUGCUGCAUAGAUGGAAAGAAAUUCUAGGCUGGCAGCAGCAAGAACUGCAUUUUGAAAGGUUUCAGAAUACAUUUUCAGCAAAUUUUGAUGAUUCUUUUCACUUGGAAAUUUUGAAGGAAGCAUUGUUGAGAGCAAUCCAUGACAUAGAUGCUAAUUUUUCAGAGGAAGCCUCUAGAAAUAAUCUUCAUUCAGGAUCUACAGCAACUGUUGUUUUGGUCGCAGAUGAUAAAAUUUUGGUUGCCAACAUUGGAGACUCUAAGGCAUUCUUGUGCUCUGAAAAAUUUCAGUCUCCCAAAGAGGCUAAAGACUCGUUAUUAAAGCUAUAUAGGCAGAAAGAGCUUGACAGUUCUCUUUCUGUGUGGGAUCGUGAAAAGUACAGAUUAGCUUCCUCCCAUGGACUCACUCAUUUUGCAGUAAAGGAAUUGACCAGUGAUCAUCAUCCGGAUAGAGAUGAUGAAAGAAUUCGGGUGGAAACAGCUGGUGGUCAAGUUCAAAAUUGGGGUGGUGUGCCUCGCAUAAAUGGUCAGCUGGCUGUUACACGAGCUAUUGGUGAUGUACACUUUAAAAGUUAUGGUGUUAUAUCUGCACCGGAAGUGACUGAUUGGCAGCCUCUGACUGCUAAUGAUAGCUAUUUGGUGGCAGCAUCUGAUGGUGUAUUUGAGAAGAUGAGUGUGCAAGAUGUCUGUGAUAUUUUAUGGGAAGUUCACCGUUUCAGUAAUAUGAGAUCAGAGUGUACCCCUUCAUCUUCAUAUUCAUUGGCAGAUUUUAUUGUUAAUACUGCCGUAAAAAAGGGCAGUAUGGAUAAUGUGGCAGCUGUUGUUUUUCCUCUGGAGUCUGCCAAAUCUUCUGCAAACUUGUUCAGGGGAAGCUAUAUUGAAAAGAGGGAUGCAGGUUUCUCAUUAUUUGGUCUUCAGGAACCUGCUUCAAGCUCAGCUUGUGUUCUUGUUACUGAUGCUUAUCAUCUAAUUUAUUAUUUUGGAACUGGCUCAGUUAAUGACAUCAAAUCUGAUCUAAUGCAAUUGGAGCAUCCUCAUCUGGUAGAUACCAAGUUUAAGCGAAUAUUGGUUGAAGUGAAAGAUGGUGAUUUUGGAUGUUUUUAUUUAUCUGAAAAUCUUGAUGAACCAGUGGAUUCUAAGCCUAUUGCCAAAAAACCUGAAUGGGAAGACUAUUUAUAUGAACUACCUCAGCCUCUAGAUGCUCUUCAUCAACAUGCUGAUUCAGGUGGUCCUGUAUAUUUAUACAAUAACCAAGACUUUUGCUUUCACCUUGGUCCAAAUGUUAACAAAGCCAAAGACCAGUGCAUAAAUCCGGAAGGCUUUGCCAGUUUUAUCGGUCUUCUUGAAUCAAUUCCUUUACAUGAUGCUGGUUCCAGUAAUGAAUCUUCUGAUUCAAUGCCUGAUUUGAGGUAUGUAUUGAAGAAGAGUUUUGGACGUGGAUCAUAUGGUGAAGUAUGGUUGGCUUUUCACUGGAAUUGUAAUCAGGAUAGUAAUGCUGCAAAAAUGAGCAAGGAUGGCAAUAACAAAAACAGCAGCUCUACUGCUUCUAAUUGUCAGGAUGGUCCUUCUAACUACACCCAGUACAUAUUGAAACGGAUAAUGGUAGAGAGAGGGUCUGCUGUUUACUUAAGUGGGCUGAGGGAGAAAUAUUUUGGAGAAAUUUUCUUAAAUGCCUCUACAUGCAUUGAGAAUCUUUUCUCGGAUGGAAAAUCAAACUGUGUCUUGGAAACAUCACAAUUUGGUUCUGAAAAUUCAUUUCCAAACAAAUUUUGGCUGCAAAGAGUCUCAUACGAAGAAGGUUUGAACCAUAUUGCAAGAUAUGUGGAGUCUUUUGAGUCUCAAGCCAAUGAAAUAUGGCUUGUAUUUAGUUAUGAAGGCGUGUCAUUGACAAAACUUCUAUAUACCGUGGAAGAUGGAUUUGGUACUACUGAGAAAGAAAGAGUUGAGCAAGUAGAACAUGUUCAAAUAAUACGUCCAUCAAAGUGGUGGCAUUGGUUGAAAACGACAGAAGAAGGGCAAGAGGAAAUGCGCAACCUUAUCUGGCAGCUGUUAUUAGCUCUGAAGUCCUGUCAUGAUCGCAACAUCACACACAGGGAUAUUAAACCUGAGAAUAUGGUGAUAUGCUUUGAAGAUCAGGAGACAGGGAGAUGCUUGAAAGGGAUUCCAACUAAAACUAAUAAUUUUUCUACCAAAAUGCGAAUUAUUGAUUUUGGAAGUGGAAUUGAUGAAUUCACAUUAAAGCAUUUAUAUGGUUCCACUGGGCCGUCUAGAGCUGAACAAACUUAUGAGUAUACAGCUCCUGAAGCUUUACUAAAUGCUACAUGGUAUCAAGGGCCAGCAAGCUCAACUUUGAAAUAUGACAUGUGGAGUGUUGGUGUUGUGAUGUUAGAGUUGGUCUUAGGAACACCAAAUGUUUUUCAGAUAAAUGCCUUAACCCGUGCUCUUUUGGACCGGCAUCUUGAAGGUUGGAAUGAGGGUGUGAAGGAGCUAGCAUAUAAACUUAGAUCAUUCAUGGAAUUGUGCAUUUUAAUCCCUGGGAUUUCCGGCAGUUCCUCAAAAAAGUAUCACCCAGUGAACCAAGUUGGAGUUUCACCUGCUUCCUGGAAAUGCUCUGAAGAAUUCUUUUCUCAUCAAAUUAAGAAUCGAGAUCCUCUGAAAAUAGGUUUUUCAAACAUCUGGGCUUUACGACUAGUGCGUCGUCUGUUACACUGGGAUCCAGAGGAUCGGCUAAGUAUUGAUGAGGCUUUGCAACACCCCUAUUUCCAACCUACCCCAAGAGGAUGAUUUUUAAGGAAACAACCGCAUUGUCAUCCACAUUAAUUUAUUCAUUCUCAGGUAAAUUAGUCUGAUCACCAUGUCACUGAUUUUGAAAAUUCCUAAUCAAUGAGGCUCUAUUGGAAGUAAGUUCAAGAUUAAAUUUAAAGUGCAUUUGGAUUUGGGUAAACAAUUUGCUUAUUUAAUUCGUUUUUAUCACACAAUAACUUAUGUCAUAAAUUUGAUUAUGAAGCAUAUUGAAAUAAACUAAAAAAGAGUUUGUAAGGAUCACAAGUCAUUUUCAUAAAUCCAAAUAAGCUCAGUAAAAACUUUCUUAAUACCUCCCUAAAGAAUGAAUAUCCAUAGUUAAAAUUGUAUGCGUGUGUUUGAAAACACGUCUAAAAACCUGUAAACAUGGAUCCAAUGCAAAAACAACAACUAGUACCAUUGAAGUAAAUGUGGAUCCACUUGCAUUUGAUCACAAAACCAAACAUACUAUAUCUUCUGUCCCUGAACUGGUUCCACCAAACAGAAGUAGAUGCUGGGGUGAAAAGGGGCAGAAUAAGGUACGUUGUGUAUAUACAAAAUACAUUGACGUUCAUAUAUUAAGCCUGACAAGCUUAUGCCAAAAUAACUGACCGUACCAAAAGUAUGAACUACUAACAGCUGCCAAAAUCCUAGGACUGACCCUGAGCACCAGAUGAACCUUGCAUACUUGAUAUUUUAUUUUGAAAUAUAAAAAAACUUGAUAUUCUGAUGGUAGUUUUUUUUAUGGGAUGAGGUGAUAAAUAUAUUACAAUCUGGGAGAGAACGGAAACAAUAUCAAUGACAGGUUCUGUAAAUAUUUUUUUUCGUUUUCUUCUCCCUCUGGAAAUGGAAAAAACAAGUUCUCAGCGAACUUUGCUGAUUUUACCUGUAUUAUGACAAACUAUAGUACAAAAAAGAACUAAAUAUUCCGGGCUUUUCUUUAGGCUUGACAUGAAGAAUAAUGCAUCAUUAUCCUUAAUUUUAGUUGGUUGGUGGACUCGUUAUUAAUGACUAUUAUAUCACCUCAUUCCAUUUCCUUCUAUUCCGCGCACACUCCAUUCUGAAAGUAUUGCCUCUUCAAGGACAUCCAAAAACGUGGAAUUCUGACGGGCAACAUCAACAGCAUGUCUAUAAUGUGCAUGGAAGCUGGACCCAAGCAAGGCAGUUGAUGCUAAAUAAGGACCUCAAUUUCAUGAAAGUUCAUCAUAAGGAAACUAUUACGGAUAAAUCGAUACUGCCUCUGCUUAGAAAAGCGAUUGCCACAAAUUCGGUCGGAGAUGCCGAGUAUGAGCCCUGGUUGGAUGCCAUAUCAGGCACGGACUUCUUCAGUUGUCAAGCUUUCAAAAAUUCCAUUGGAUUACAGGACCAAAAUCUAAAGCAUUUAGGUAAAGAGGAUGCGGCUGUUGAAAAAUCUAACAAUUGCAUACAAGCUCUUAGAAGGAUGUAUUUGGUUAAGUAUCCAAUACUGUACAAUACAAUUAUUAUUAUUUUAAUUAAGCAAGGGGUAUGUCAAUGUAU